GUGUCCCAACGUCCCACUGUCAACGCCAUGGACUUGGAGCUCUACCUGGAUCUCCUGUCUCAGCCCUGCCGCGCCGUCUACAUCUUCGCCAAGAAGAACGGCAUCCCCUUCAAGAUGCACACGAUGGAGCUGUGCAAAGGGAACCAUCAAAGCAGAGAAGCCACAGGGCCCACCUGGGGGUGGGAGGCAGCUCAGGGGGAAGGCCUGGAACCAGCCUCUGUGUUCUUCCCGCCCUUUCCCAGCACGGCCAUCCUGAUUUACCUGAGCUGUAAAUACCAGACAGCAGACCACUGGUACCCACGUGACCUGCAGGCCCGUGCCCGUGUCCAUGAGUAUCUGGGCUGGCAUGCUGACCACAUCCGUGGCACGUUUGGUGUCCCCCUGUGGACCCGGGUGCUGGCACCGCUCAUUGGGACACAGGUGCCUGAGGAGAAGAUGGAACGCAACAGGAUUGCCAUGGACCAGGCGCUCCAACAGCUGGAGGACAAGUUCUUGGGGGACAAGGCCUUCCUUGCUGGCCAGCAAGUGACACUGGCUGACCUCAUGGCACUGGAGGAGCUGAUACAGCCCGUGGCAGUCGGCCAUGACCUGUUUGAGGGACGGCAGCGACUGGCAGCGUGGCGUGGCCGAGUGGAGGCUUUCCUGGGUGCUGAGCUGUGCCAAGAGGCUCACGGCCCCAUCUUGAGCGUCCUAGAACUGGUGGCCAAGAAAACAUUCCCUGUACCCCAACCAGAGGCUUAUCCAAAUAUGCUGAGGCGCAUUGCCAGGAUCCCCUGAGGUGUUUGUAACCGGGGCCAGGAGAUUAGUCAGAAGAGAUUCACUCUGUUUCUUAUUGCUGCCCUUUCUUCCUUUUCCAUCUUGCCCCUGUCCCUUGUCCACAAUAUCAAAAGAGCUCCUAAAAAUAAGGGCAUGAAGAAAAAGAAACUGAUUAAAAAUUGGCAAACUUCAUCAGUGUUUUGAUUGUAGUAAAGAUUAUGAACA